GGCAGGGGCCAUAAUGGAGCCACCAGUGAAGAGCGAGGUCAUUCUCUCAGUUUACAUCAUUACCUUCCUCAUCGGCCUGCCAGCCAACCUGCUGUCUCUCUACGCCUUCAGCGUUAAGAUCCACUCCAAGCCACUUCCAACAGACAUCCUGCUUCUCAACCUGACCGUCUCCGAUCUGCUCUUCUUGAUCGUUCUUCCUCUCAAGAUGCACGAGGCAGCUUCAGGCAUGGAAUGGCAAUUACCCAGCUUCAUGUGCUCCAUCACCUCCUUCACCUUCUUCUCCACAAUCUACACCAGCUCCUUGCUGCUGAUGGCAGUCAGUGUGGUGCGCUACAUUGGUGUAGCUUACCCCAUCACCUACCAUCUGCUGCUCAAACCCGUGUACGCGAUCAUUAUCAGUGCUGUAAUAUGGCUGAUCUCAACAGCACACUGCAGCAUUACUUUCAUCACCCAACACCACCCGUCCCUGUCCAGCAAUGACUCCAAAGUCUGCUACGAGAACUUUACUGACAAGCAGUUGCAGAUCCUCCUCCCAUUACGUUUGGAGUUUUUCAUCGUGCUUUGCCUCAUACCUCUUCUAAUUUGUGUUUACUGCUACUUGCGCUGCAUUCUGAUCCUGUACAGCCGCCCCAGGAUAUCCCGCAUGCAGAAGCAGAAGGCCAUCGGCAUGGCCAUGGGGACUCUGGCUGUCUUCCUCAUUUGUGUGUUUCCAUACAACUUCUCUCAUGUGAUGGGUUAUAUCCAAGGUGAGAGCCCAAAAUGGAGGUACUACACCUUGCUGCUCAGCACCUUCAACACCUGUAUUGAUCCCAUCAUUUUCUACUUUUCCUCCUCUGCUUUCCACUGCACUAGUAAAAAGUCAGUUUUCAGGAAGCAUGUGAUCACUGUAUUAGGAUUACAAAAGCCGGCCUUAGGCUCAGGCAAAGUGUAA